AUGGCGUCAAAAGCAUUUGGAAAUGGCCUCAAGGAGCUGAGGUUCUUGUUCUGCCAGACUAGCGAGCACAGCGCCGCCACAAGGAACUUCCUUACACGAAGCUACCCCGCCAUGAAAAAGGCCAACCCCUCCGUUCCCAUCAUGAUCCGCGAAGCCAGCGGCACCCAGCCCACCGUAUAUGCGCGAUUCGACUUUGGAAAGGAGAGGAAGCUGUCGCUAAAGGGUCUGGACGACAAGAGCAUCGAACAACAAGUCGCGGACCUUACUACACAUCUAACAAUGUCUUACUCAGCCCCAUUCCAGCCAAAUCCCGACUACGAUGUCGAUGCCGCGCUCCUAGACAUCCUUGUCUAUACUCACCACCCCGCUGUCUCAUCUGGCCCAGCAGCAGAUGUGCUUGCGCGCAUCGAGAAGAAGUACCAGGACUGCGUCAAGGCCCUGGAGGAGCGCAACGCCGCCCUGGAGGAGCGCAACAACGCCCUGGUGAAAGAGGGAGAGGCUGCGGCCGCCAAGAUUGAGCACCUGGAGACGGAAGUCUGCGCGCUGGAGGGGGAUGUGGAGACGCAACUGGCGGUCCUCCAGGACAGGGCAGACAUGUCCGCUAAAUUCACCUCUAAACCUCAGCAGCUGAGCUUCUUCGACAAGAUACUUCGUCGCAACGACUCCGCAGUGGCUUUGUCAUCGGCAUCGACCACCUCUUCUAUCACUCUCUCAUUCGCGUCUCUCUCACAGGAGAACGAUCAGCUAGCUCAGGACAAUGCUCAUCUACAAAGGCGUAAUGGAGAGCUGACUCAACAAUCUGAGCUCAACCAGAACCUCUUCCAGCAAACCUCCGAAACGCUCGCUGCCAAGGAAAGCGAGAUCACUGACUUGGAGGAAGCACUCAUUGAUAGGGAUAGCGAGAUCACUGACCUAAAGGGGAUUCAGAAGGAGCUCAAGGAGUGUAUUCGUCGUAACGACGAUGCUAGCAAUGAAACAAUACACACCCUGAAGCUUCAGCUUGAGGAUCUGUCAAAGCAACUAGGGGAAGCACACGAUGCGGCUACUAAACGUGACGUUACCUAG